UCACUUUGAGCCCUCACUUCGAGCUCUGCCCCGUGUAGCGGAGCUUCCAGAGCUUGUCAACAUAUUGUCCGGAGAAAGAAAGUUUCUCCGAAGUGAAGCUGGAGAAAGAGUCUGGGCACGAGCCUUUAUCUCCGGUAGAAAAGCGCGGAGUUUCUGCGCGCGCGUUUCCAAAGAGCGCACGGAGCGGAGCGCGCCGGUCAAGGAGUUCCAGCCUUUGCAUGGGUGCCAUGCUGUGACAGCAGAACUGUGUGGAGGAACAGGAGAGAAUGAAAUUUGAAGUGCGGAUGGAGGGAGUGAUGAAAAAGCUGAGGUUUCUUCUGAUUUGCCUCGUCGUCCUCGCCUUGACGUCUGAAGUUGACGCAGGUGGUAAGAAGCACCAAGGACCAUGUGGGGGCAGAGAUUGCAGUGGAGGGUGUCAGUGUUUUCCUGAGAAAGGCGGCAGGGGUCAGCCAGGCCCUCUUGGCCCUCAGGGCCCUACAGGGCCUCCAGGACGUCCCGGCGAACCAGGGCUCCAGGGUGCUGCAGGAGAGAAGGGUGACCGGGGCAGAGGAGGCACCACGGGGCCAAAAGGAUCUGUGGGUAUGACCGGAGUUCCUGGCUUUUCGGGAAGUGAUGGUAUUCCAGGUCACCCGGGUCAGGCCGGCCCCCGAGGUAAACCUGGAGCCGACGGCUGUAACGGAACACAUGGUGAUGCCGGAACUCCUGGACAACGAGGAUACGACGGCCCACGAGGAAAUCCAGGUUAUGUAGGAAGGAAGGGAGAGAAGGGAGACAACCUGGAGAUUUCGGUUUACAUGCAAAGAUUUCGGGGAGAUAUGGGACCACCAGGAUAUCCAGGCAACCCGGGCUUUCCUGGAGGACCAGGUUAUGCAGGGCGGCCCGGUCCUUUUGGUGCUCGUGGUCUUCCUGGUGCUCCAGGACCUCCAGGACCACCGGGUGAUAGGGUUUAUGGCGUGAAGGGAGAAAAGGGAGAACUGGGGGAGGCUGGAGAACCAGGCUAUGCAUGGAACUAUACAACCCAACACAAAAAACCCACUGAGUCUGGGAAAGGUGAAAAAGGUGCAAAAGGUCAACCAGGAGGUUUGGAGGGAUUCACCAAAGGAGAAGAAGGCAUUAUGGGCUUUCCAGGGUUACGGGGAAACCCAGGAAGAAGUGGAUGGCCAGGAGCAAAGGGUGACAGGGGGCUUCCAGGUUUUCCAGGGCAACCAGGAAGAAAGGGCCAGCCAGGAGAACCAGGAGAGCUGAUCUAUGGAGAAGCUUUCGGAGUUGGUCCUCCAGGUCCACAAGGAGAACGUGGGUCACCAGGAAGUCGUGGCCCUCAAGGGCCUAAAGGACAACAAGGUCCCCCAGGGCCCGAUCCCGAGGGCCAGCAAACAGUUGUCUUUAGCCAAGAUGGACCCAAGGGUUUUAAAGGAAGUAAAGGUGAACGUGGGGGACCUGGUGCCCCUGCCACAAGCCCUGGUCCUCCUGGUUUUGACGGCUAUCCAGGAGCACCUGGGCCGCCUGGAGAAAAGGGUUCAUGGGGAAUUUUUUUCAAAGGUUCUGAAGGACCACGCGGACGUCCAGGAAACGCGGGACGAAAAGGGCCCAAAGGUGACCAUGGUCAGUGUGACUGCAUAUCGUCCUCCCCUCAUGGACAGCCGGGACUACCUGGCCCGUCUGGAGACCCUGGAAUGGCAGGAGAGUGGGGUCAGCAGGGUGAUCAAGGAGACCCAGGGCCAAGAGGAGAAUCUGGACUGCCUGGCUUUCCUGGUCCAGGAGGGUUUCCUGGACCUCGGGGACUCAAAGGGGAAGGGACGACGAUUAAAGAGAAAGGACCACCUGGAGAUCAAGGAGACUCCGGCAGACCUGGAGAACCUGGAGAAACCGGCAGGACUGGGCCUAGUGGUACAGAUGGUGCCCCUGGACUCCACGGUCCUCCAGGUGAGGGUCCAGUUGGAGAGCCUGGAGAGAAAGGCUACCCCGGCAGACCAGGUUUACCAGGGUUAGCAGGUCCAUCAGGAGUUACUGGUCAAGUGUUUGGAGCACCCAAGGGUAUAAGAGGUUUUCCUGGAGAUCCAGGGCCAAGUGGUUAUGAUGGAAAUCAAGGCCUACCGGGCAUUCCAGGAGGCUGUAGUCCAAGCGGAGAAGGAGGCAAGUGGGACACAGCAGGGAGCGGCAACGGGGAGUGUGAGGCAGUGCCAGGACCCCCAGGAGAAAGAGGACUUCCUGGACCAUCUGGUUUGCCAGGAUUUCAAGGUGUACCUGGUCCUAAAGGGUAUGCAGGAUUAACUGGGCAGCAAGGAGCUAAAGGAGAGCAAGGAGACCAAGGCAGAGGAGGUCAACCAGGACCAAGAGGUUUUACUGGACCUCGUGGAGAGUUUGGUAAUCCUGGUCUUAAAGGUGGCCGUGGAGUUCCUGGCUUGUUUGGUAAGCAUGGGCAGGACGGUGAUCCCGGGCUUAAAGGUGCUGAUGGCGAGGCUCUAGGAGCAUCUCCUGGACCACUUGGAGACGCCGGAUUACCAGGACAGCAAGGUGACCCAGGUCCUGCUGGAGAUCGUGGCAAAAGUGGAUACCCAGGUAUGGAGGGAAUGCCUGGGAUGAUCGGCACCAAAGGUGAAGCAGGUCCAUCAGGAUUACAGGGAGAGCUGGGAAGACCUGGGCCUGCAGGGAUAUUCGGAUACCCCGGGCUGCCUGGUCAAUCAGGGAACCCUGGUCCUCCAGGACAGACUGGAGAAGAAGGCCCCAGGGGAGAAAGUGGUGAUCAAGGUAACACCGGUUCACCAGGGCCUAUGGGAGUAAAGGGUGUUACUGGAGAACCUGGAAGUAAUGCCGGCUUGGGUCAGACUGGACCUCGGGGAGAUCCAGGACACCCCGGAUUUACUGGUCGGAUUGGUCUUCCUGGACUGAAAGGUGUCAGAGGCUCUCAAGGCAUGACGGGCUUUCAAGGAAUGCCUGGAAAUCUAGGUCCAGAGGGAUUCAGUGGAGAAAAGGGGGAGAUAGGCUUUUCAGGGGUCAGAGGAGAGAAAGGAAUAAAAGGACGUCAAGGAGAAAAAGGUGACUCAGGGCUUAUUGGUCCUCCAGGUGAACCACCGGUCAUAAAAAUGGAUCAUAUGAAAAAGACCAUGAAGGGUAUAAAAGGUGAUCAUGGAAAACCAGGAGAUCCAGGUUUCACUGGGCCCCGGGGUACUAAAGGUUAUCCAGGGGUUCCAGGACAAGAGGGGCACCAUGGUCUCCCAGGAGAACCCAGCACUGAAAAGGGGUUGGAAGGAUCAGCUGGAGCUGAGGGAUUACCCGGGCAAAAGGGAAUGCCUGGAGCUACAGGGUCCCAAGGAAUACCUGGCUUUCCUGGAAUGGAUGGACCAAGGGGAGAGAAAGGUUCACCUGGUGCCUACGGACCAUCAGGAGGCUUUGGAAGCAAGGGGGUCAAAGGUGACAAGGGUGAUGUCAUAGAUCUUCCUGGACCCACAGGACCAAGAGGAGAGUCUGGGGAUUCUGGACCUUCAGGCCAUAAAGGUUUCACAGGUGAGCCUGGAGAUAGAGGAGGUUCUGGUUUUGAUGGCAUCGAAGGAAUGAAGGGGUAUCCAGGUGAUCCUGGACAACAAGGACUGCCAGGUGGUGAAGGACUGCAGGGUUUCCCAGGAAACCAGGGUACUAAGGGGUGGGCAGGAACUCCUGGUACACCUGGGACCCCUGGUAGACCAGGGCACACUGGACAAAGAGGUUUCCCUGGGCUGAAAGGUAUUUUUGGGUUGGAUGGACUCAAAGGUCAAAAAGGUCUUAAAGGCCUUCCAGGCCCUGAUGUCUGGGGGACACCAGGUGAUCCUGGAGUGAAGGGAGGAAAAGGAGAGAUAGGAGUUCCUAGCACAGAGGUUGGUGUUCUGGGGUCUGACGGCCUUAAGGGUUCCACAGGUGAUGCAGGUGAUCAGGGCAGCCCAGGUCAGCCAGGUGUUCCGGGUCCUCCAGGGGCACAUGGAAUUCCAGGCAGGCAGGGUUUCUCAGGGGAUCCAGGACCACGUGGCCAGAAGGGUCUAACAGGGUUUCCUGGACCCACUGGUCUACCAGGUUUUCCAUCUCCAUUUGGCUCUAAAGGAGAACAAGGUGUACACGGGGAAACAGGGUUCACUGGACCUAAAGGGUUCCCGGGGGACAUAGGAGAGAAAGGCCUGCCAGGACAGCCUGGAAUUUCAGGAAGGAAAGGUUCAAAGGGAGAUCAAGGAAUGAUGGGAUUACCUGGAAAACCUGGAUUCCAGGGUGAUAGAGGACCCACUGGUCCAAAAGGAGACAGUGGACCACCAGGUUUGCCCGGUGCCCCUGGUGCUCAGGGAAAGCUACCAGUUCCUGUGAAGGUGCCAGGCGAGAGAGGGCUGCCUGGUCCGUAUGGUAUCCGUGGACCAGAAGGAGUUAGAGGAGAGUCAGGACCAAUUGGACCUCCUGGAAAUCAAGGGUUCUUGGGGCCAGAGGGGCAGAAGGGGAUGCCAGGGUUGCCUGGAAUACCAGGAAAUCCAGGCUUUCGUGGAGAUGUAGGAACUGUGGGACACCCAGGUCUCCUAGGCCUAGAAGGGCCCGCCGGACGUCCUGGUACUUCGGGCCGUCCUGGUAUGCCAGGGCGGAGUGUCAGCGUCGGGUACCUGCUGGUGAAGCACAGUCAGUCUGAUCAGACUCCCAUGUGCCCUGUGGGAAUGUCCAAGCUGUGGGACGGCUACAGCCUGCUGUACUUUGAAGGACAAGAGAAGGCUCAUAAUCAGGACCUGGGUCUGGCAGGCUCCUGUCUCCCUCGUUUCAACACCAUGCCGUUCCUGUACUGUAAUCCCGGGGAUUUAUGCUACUACGCCAGCCGAAACGACAAAUCCUAUUGGCUCUCCACGACUGCCCCCAUUCCUAUGAUGCCUGUGGAGGAGGAAGAAAUCAAACCGUAUAUCAGCCGCUGUUCAGUGUGUGAAGCUCCAUCCGUGGCCAUAGCUGUGCACAGUCAGGACAUCACUAUUCCACAGUGUCCCCUCGGCUGGAGAAGCCUGUGGAUCGGCUACUCUUUCCUUAUGCACACGGCGGCUGGAGAUGAGGGAGGUGGUCAGUCUCUGGUGUCUCCUGGCUCGUGUCUGGAGGACUUCCGCACCACACCCUUCAUCGAGUGUAACGGGGCCAAGGGUACCUGUCACUACUUCGCUAACAAGAACAGCUUCUGGCUGACGUCCAUCAACCAGCCCUUCCAGACUACUCCUGAGUCAGAAACUCUAAAAGCUGGGCAGCUUCUCUCGCGCAUCAGCCGCUGCCAAGUGUGCAUGAAGAACCUGUGAGGACUGCUUGAAACCCAUGAACUUUGAGAUGGUGAGGGCGUGGCCAAUGAGACAGUGUUAGGUUGCAGAUCAGGAAACAAAAUUGAAGCUCUAUGACACAAAAAUACACACACACACACAGACACAUAUAUAUAUAGUGCUUUUCCACCAACGUGGAACAGGCACCCUUCUGGUUCGCAAACCUUAUUUUGAACCGUUUGCGACAUUUCCACUAACAAAAGUAGGUUCCAGAACCAGGAUUUUUUUUCUGAAGAAUACUAGGUUCUUCAGUGCAAACCAUGUUCUGUGCAAUGGCCUCUGUUGAUGAGUAUGAUGUGACAUUUUGAUGGCUUCACUAAAACUGGUGGAAACACUGGCUGGUUCGCUGAAAAGCACCAUGGUUCUUAUAAGCCCGAACAGAAAUGGUUCAAGAACCUGAGCUCUUUUGGUGGAAAAGCGCUAGCAAAGAUAUGAUCAUGGUAGGAUGAUACAAUCAAUCACAGAUGUUCAAAGCAAGACAAUCAGGGUUGUUUUUUAACUUGAAAUUAUGAAGACUUUGGUUUUUGGUAACUUCACCAAAUCAGCAAUUCAAAGAAAAAAUACAGCAUAUAUUCCCUCAAGGUCUUAGCAAUGCCCUCCUCGCCACUAUGUGCCUUAUGGACUGAAGAUAUGGAAACGUGUUGAGCGUAGAGUCACAGAAUCGUCAGCAAAAACAUGGAUAUCAUUUUUGCUUCUGUCUCUUUACUUAUGUUACAUUUGAAAUGGUGCUUUUUCUUCCUAACUUAUUACCUCACAUAUUGAUAUUGAAUUGAUAUUACAAGAACAUACAGCAGAACCAAAGAUGCCCGUGUUGAUGCACUGCUUCCCCUCCCUUAUGUAACUAUGUGUGACUUUGUGUGCUGCUUCCACACAAAGCAAAACAGAAAGUGUUGGGUUGUCUCGUAUUGUAUGAUUGAGACUAGGGCUGCACAAUAUUUCAUUUCAGCAUUCAGUCAUUGCAAUAUGUGCAUGGGUGCAAAUUCAAUUAAAAAUUGUCACUGUUGUUAUUACUAUUAUUACUGUCAUUAAAUAGCUGCCAGAAGAGUCAGCUUAUUAUUUAUAUUAUUAUUACAUAUUUUAAAUCAUUAAUUUCUGGAGAUAUUUGGUAAAAACUCCUUUUUAAUGUUUUUUUAUAAUGCAUUACACAAAAAAAAAAACUGAAUAUUGCAAUACUAUUUUUCUUUUAUCCCAAAAAUGAAUUGUGCAGCCCUAAUUCACACAAUAUUCACAUCGCAGGGUGUGCAGUGCACAUUAAUGUAUAGCAAAUAAAUCAUACCUUUUUAUGCUACAAUUUAUUGACGUGAAUUAAACAUUCGGUACCACUUUGAAAUAAGGUUCCUUUAUAAGGGGUUUAUAAAUAGUUUAUAAAGGAGUUUAUUAAUGGAUAUUAAUUAGGUUAUGAACCAUUAAUAAGCAGUUACAACACAUAAAUAGAAAGGGUAACAGUGGCCUGUCGUGUACCAAAUAGUGAUUCCACAUUUGUUUAUACUGGUAAACCUCAAAUUGUACUAGAUGCGUAUCUUACUUUGUCUUUUCCAUCAGUUAUCAUGAACAUUUCUGAAAAUAACUUUAUUCAUUUAGCUAUAAUAACAUAUUAAAUGACUAAACUGACUUUCUAUAUUGUUAGAUAUAUUAGAAAUGUUAUUUUUACUGUUGUUCUUUCUAUUUAUGUGCUUAUUAAUGUUUUUAAAGUAUUUUAAUUUUACUUAAUUUAUAACCAUUACUUAACUAUUUCAUAAACUAUUAAUAAAGGAGCCUUAUAUAAAGUGGUAUCAACAAUUCCUACAGUUUUCAUAACAUAUCUGCCAGAGCCAGGUUAUUAUUAUUUUAAUAUCAUGACAGAUGAUGGAUCAUUAAUUUCAGGAGAUAUUUGAUAAAAACUCCUUUUUAAUGUUUUUUUUUACUCUGCAUUAUAUUAAAAUAUUAUAUUGACUAUAUUUUCCAAUAUUGUGCAGCCCUAAUUCAUAUGCAAUAUUCACAUGCUUAACUGCACUGCCUAGAACAACUACAAUAAUCAAUAACCAUCAUCCACUAGUUAAAGAAUUUUGUAUAGCUUUUUUGAUUAGCUUAACAUUUUAAACAUGCGGACACAUACAGCAUGUAGCCUGUCUCUCCAAACUCUAACUAACUCUGUUCUUCAACUGUACAUUAUGUCUGUUUGUUUUUUUUACACAGAAGCAGAAGCAGCGUACUGAAUUACCUGCACUUAAAAUGCAUCAUGUUGCUCCACCUUUCAUGUUAUGCUUCCUCAUAUGUUGCAUUAUGCGGAGCAUUAUGUAUUUAUAUACAUAUAUACUGUACAGAUGCAAGCAACUUGGUCACAGUCUCACAUAUUCAUAUACAGACCACACACACACAUACACACACACACACACCAGCUGAAGGUUUAAAAAGUAAAAAAAAUGGUAUCUGAGAGAAGACUUUUACAAAGCUUUGUUUUAGAGUUUUGUCCUACUAAACACACUAUAGGUCACAGUCUCAUUUGUUUGUGUAUUUGUAUAUGUCUAAAUUACACAGAUUGCACUGAUUUUCAGUUCUGAGCUUAACAAAACUCUUACAGACAGAACGUGUGCACGCCUGUAUUUUAAGCACACGGUCGCUGUCCAAAGGUUUGAGUAGAUUUCUGAUUCCAUAACCAAAGGCGUUCACCACUGGCUGGCUUUCUACAGGUGUGUUGGCAAACUGCAGCCUUUAAAUAAUGAUUAACAGACCAAAAUAAACAGCAGGGUUGACCGCACUGUACUUUGCUCAGCUGUGCUAACCACGUGCCUUUGUAAAUGUUUUAUGUGCCUAUUUUAUUUUAUAUACCCAUGAAAAAAAACAUACAAAAAUGAAGUUUAAACACAGAACUGUUACAAUGAAAUUGAUAUAAAAUUUAUUUGCCAUGUAUACCAGUGUAUACCAGUCACUGCUCCAUUACCCAGUUCCUUUUUUUUAAAUAAUGUAAUUAUGUGGAAAAUAAUUUUUGAACCGUGUUCUGAAUGAUUGUGAAUGAUUUGUUAGCAUAAUGGAGUAACAGCCAAAUAAAUGCUUCUGUUUGGUA